AUGCCCCAGACGGAACCGUUCGGCAACCAGAAGGCCGCCCACCAACUGCGCGUUGCUGUUGUUGGUUGUGCCCACGGUCAGCUUGACAUAAUUUACGCCACAGCGAAGAGGCAAUGUGAUCAGAGGGGAUGGACGCUUUCGGAUUUGGACCUCGUUCUCAUCUGCGGAGAUUUCCAGGCCGUUCGAAACAGUCGUGACCUAAACUGCAUGUCUGUCCCGAAAAAGUACCGCCAACUAGGAGACUUUCACAAGUAUUACAGUGGCGAGGCCGUGGCUCCCGUUUUAACCGUCGUUGUAGGCGGCAACCAUGAAGCUUCCAAUUACCUCUUUGAGCUGUAUCAUGGCGGUUGGUUGGCACCAAAAAUCUACUACCUCGGUGCCGCCAGCGUCAUCAGAUACGGCCCCUGGCGAAUUGCGGGCAUGUCAGGCAUAUACGACAAGAAUGACUACAACAAGGAACAUCAUGAGCGAUUACCGUAUAGCUCGCAUGACAUCAAGUCGAUUUAUCACGUUCGGCGAUACGACAUCGACAAGUUACUCCAAAUUCGGGAAGAAGUUGACAUUGGACUAAGUCACGACUGGCCAGCCUGGGUCGAACUCUUUGGUGACUAUAAGUCACUGUAUUCUCGAAAACCUCAUUUUCUUGAUAGCGCAAAGAGGGAUCGGCUAGGCAGUUAUGCCGCCACAGAGGUUAUGAAUCACCUGAGACCGCUACACUGGUUUUCGGGGCACAUGCACUGCAGGUUCCCUGCCAACAUCAGCUAUGCCUCAGAUAAAUUCGAGAAUUCAGUGCGGAAGCUAAAAAUAACACAAGAGAUAAAGUCCGUGCUUCCGGUCCUCAAAACUGAUAAACGAUACUUCAAGACAACGUCGAAACCAGCGAGUCAACGGUCAAAUGGGUCGUUCUUGGCUCUGGACAAGUACAAGGGCGAUGCAAGAGGCUUCCUUGAACUCAUGGACCUGAGCCUUUCAAGAGAUGAUUCUGGUGUGUCUGACGAUCCCAGCCACUUUAGCCGUCCAUAUAAGUUGUGUUAUGAUGAGGAGUGGCUAGCCAUAACUCGGGCCUGCACAGGAACUCUUCAAUUGCAAGACCGCGAAACACUCGUAGUGCCUCCCUCCAGAGCACGAUUUCCAUCCCAAAAAGCAAUCUCAGAGCACAGGAAGUGGGUGCAAGAGAACAUAACCAAAAGGGGACUUCUCCAAAUUCCCGAAAAUUUCAUGAUUCACGCUCCAGUAUUCGAUGAGACGGAACUCAGCGCGCACGACCAACCGAAUGAAUAUUCCAACUGUCAAACUGCUCAGUUUGCAGAGCUAUUACAAAUUCCAAAUGUAUUCACAUUGGAAACUCAGGAUCCGGACGUUGAUGGCAAUUGUGCUGGAGACGACUUUAUCGUGUUUGGGGAAGAGUAG